AUGUAUUCCCAACUGCUUUCUCUUUUGCAGUUCGCUACUAUUGCGGCGGCUCAUCCCAAGGCAUCAGCAGAUGAUGUCUCAUAUUUUCCUCUUAAAAUUCUCCGAUCCGUGGCUAAGAAUACACCAGCUGGUGCGGAGUUGGGCACCUGUACUGCUCUGCGCCGGACUGUCAGAUCAACUACGGCCCGCGGUGUGACGCCAAUGUACGACCCAAGGGACCGGCCACGGAGCAAGUACCGCGGCCGCAGAUUGGGAAUAUCCCUUACGGCCAAGCAAUAUAUCAUUGCGAACGCUACGCGCUAUGAUGCCAAAGCAACAUUCUUCGUCACUGGAAACAAUCUCGGCAAAGGCGCCAUCAACGACCCUGCGCAUUCUUGGGGUGGUCUCAUCAAGCGCAUGGUCGCCAGCGGCCACCAGGUUGCCAGUCACACGUGGUCACACCAGAAACUUACCACGUUGAGCGAGAGCCAGUUCCGUAAACAAAUGUAUUUUCUCGAAGUGGCGCUCGCAGACCUUCUCGGCUACUUCCCGACGUACAUGCGCCCCCCAUACUCGGCCAGCAACGACCAGACGGACGGCUGGCUCGGCGAGCUCGGCUACCAUGUCACGUACUUUAACCUCGACACUGAAGGAUACCUGAACAAUUCCCCGAACGAGGUUCAGAAGUGCAAGGACAUUUGGGACAAAAACGUCGAGGGGCGCAAUCCCCAGAAUACCAAGUGGCUGCAGAUUGAGCAUGACACCAUCUACCAGACCGUGUACAACUUGACCGAGUAUGCCCUCAAAUCGUUGUUUCGCAAUGGCUUCCGGUCAGUUACUGUAGGCGAGUGCCUCGGAGACCCGCGUGAGAAUUGGUACAGGUGGGUGUAG